AUGCCAGGAGAAAGUGUAAAAACUAAAAUCACAAAUUUCUUGUGUCAAAAUCAAGCAAUAGAUUUAUUGUUGGCGGAUUCGAGCGAUGAGGAGGUCGAAGCUGUAGAACGCUUCUCGAUGAAUAUGAUUUGCCUCUUGGCCAAUCGAAGAAGUGUUCAUUUAAGCAUACCCAAAUCAUUAGAGUGGCAACGGAAUGUCCUUAAAAAUAUAGACGAUGGCAGGUUUAGCCAAAUGAUCCGUGUUAAACCAGAGGAGUUGCGCUAUAUAGUGGAAUUAAUUAAACAGGAUGAAGUUUUUAACACCAGUUCGAGUGCAACGCAACUGUCAAUCGAGUUGCAACUGAAGAUAGUGCUUUUCAGAUUAGGAUCCUCUGGUGAUGGGUUCCUAAAGUGGCUUCACUAUUUGGUGUUGGCGAUGGAGGUACUAUUAAAAAUAUAA